AUGGCGAAAGCAACACAGGGAACAGUUUGCGUCAAAUGCGAGUUAACAAAGAGCUUUGCAACAUGUAAAGGUUGUUCCAAAGAUUUUUGUCGCAUUCACAUCAAUGAACAUCAUACUGAAUUGAGCGAUCAAUUAGGCAAAACUGAAGAUCAAUUUAAUGAGUUCAAGAUUGAAAUGGAAGGACCGAAAAUCGAGUUACAAAAACAGGAAUUAAUGAAACAAAUCGAUGAAUGGGAACGCGAAUCGAUCGAAAAGAUCCAUCAAGUGGCAAAUGAAGUUCGUCAUAAACUCUCAUUGCGUGUGAACAAAUUUGCCACCGAUCUCAAUUUUGAAUUCAAAGAAUUAACAAAAAGUCUCAUUCAAUGUCGCAAAGAGGAAGAUUUUAUUGAAACACGCAUUGAUUUCUUCAAUGAAAAACUCAAGAAAUUACAAGACACUUUCAACAAUCCAUCAAAUUUCAAAAUUGAACACUAUUCAACAUGCUUCAUCAAUAAAAUUCAUCUUGUCACGAAAACAUCAUUAUUACGCAGUGCAAUUCUGAAUGCCGAUGCAAAAUGGAUACGGAAUGGUGUUACUGUGGCUGGAGGAAAUGGAGUCGGUAGUGACAUGAAUCAGCUCUACUGUCCAAAUGGUUUGUGUGUUGAUAAUGACCAAACUAUUUACAUUGCCGAAUGUACAAAUCAUCGUAUUGCGGAAUGGACAUGUGGUGCAACGACUGGUCGAGUUGUGGCUGGUGGAAAUGGAAAAGGGAACCGUCCUGAUCAGUUGAGUGGCCCUGCAGAUGUGAUCAUUGAUAAAGAAAGAGAUAGCCUCAUCAUUUGUGAUUACCACAGUCAGAGAGUUGUUCGAUGGCCUCGACAGAAUGACAUAACUGGAGAAACGAUUAUCUCAAAUGUUGGAUGCUGGGGUUUGACAAUGGACGAUGAUGGAUUUCUUUAUGUUGUCGACUAUGAUAAUCAUGAAGUGAGACGAUAUCGAAUGGGAGAAAGUCAAGGAACAGUGGUUGCAGGUGGAAAUGGACAAGGGAAUCAUCUAAAUCAGCUAAGUAAUCCGCGAUACGUAUUCGUCGAUUACGAUCAUUCAGUGUACGUAUCAGACUAUGGAAACCAUCGUGUGAUGAAGUGGAUGGAAGGUGCAAAACAAGGUAUUGUUGUGGCUGGUGGUCGAGGUCAAGGAAAUCGUCUUAAUCAAUUAUCGAAUCCUUGUGGCGUUAUCGUAGAUCAAUUAGGUACUGUGUACAUUGCUGAUCAUCAGAACCAUCGAAUUGUCCGUUGGCCUCAAGCAGCUACACAGGGAAAUAUUAUUGUUGGCGAAAAUGGUGGAGGAAGUGACUUGAAUCAACUUAGUGCUCCCAUCGGAUUGUCAUUUGAUCAGGAGGGUAAUCUUUACGUGAGUGAUUUUGGAAACAAUCGCGUACAAAAAUUCAAACUUGAUGGAAGCUAA